AUGGUUGCUCUCUCCGCAAACGCCUUCACCAUCAUCCCCGUUGCAACCCCCACGACGUCCAUGAUGAUGACCUCUAUCGCCGGUGAUCAAACUCCUGAUGUCCCGCAGCCGCCACCCAUUAUCGUCGUCAUUACCAUAGUCCCCGCAGCGACUACCACUCCUCCAACCACUACUACCAGUGAGAACACUCGCAACGCUCCGCUAGCCAACACCACCAACGCCCCCCACCGCCAGCAAUGCGGACUCGAUCCCGACCUGUCCUCAUUGUGA